AUGAUCGCGUCGUAUGUAGAUUCUGCUAUUCAACACCAUUACAACAGAUGCUCGUCACCGGAAUGCCAGAAAUACGCAUCGAAGCCCGAGCUAAUGUCUUUACCUGUGCGCAGUGGAAGUGAUGCAUCGGACGAUGAAUGGAUUCGCUGUGUAGAUGAUGUAACACUUGAAGAAUCAUUCACAAGUGACUGCGGUCGAAAAAGAACAGAAGCUGAACUGACAACAGCGGUGCUCAUCGCGCAACACAGUAAAAGCGCUCACACGGCAAUUAUGCCUGACAAACACAUGCAAAAUAUACACAGUGGUACUAACGGGGUGACCGUUUACGCCGAGGAAAUAGCGGAAGAUGGUACUGAAAAAGUGGAGAACCCAGUGGAUUUCUCGGCAGUUUUUGAGCCAACAACAACCAAUUUUCGUACGGGAGAGAUGAAAGAAAAAGAGGAGCAGCAUCCCUGUUUAGAAAAAACCGUAUGUACCAGGAAUGACGGUUUCGUUUCGCGUCGGGCAUAUUCUUUGGAAGAUUUGGACAAUGUUCCCGGAAUAGUUACACAUUCUCCAAAAAAGCUUCAAAUCUUCAAAUCAAAAAUUAUCAAUGUUCCGGGAGAUCGUCAUUUUGUUGAAAUCAGCAAUUUACCGGAUAGCAAGCAUAAUGCGGUAUUUUACGAAACCGAUUGCAAACAAGUAACUGAAGGAUGCGAAUUAAAGGAGUGUUAUGAAACUUGGUUAGAUAAAGGAAGUGCUCAUUCUGGUCAGUUUGAACCGGUGCACUCAUCAAGACUGCCGGGAUACUAUGGAUUCGCAUUCGAUGCUAGGGAUUUGAAUUCGCCUGCUAAAACACAACUUGAAUCUGUUGGAUCAAAUACAGCUCUGUCUGUUAUUGGAAAAUACAAAUUUGAAACGGAACAAAUAAAGGAGCCGCCAUGUUCCACAGUGGCGUUAUGGGAUGACUGCUGUGAGUAUGCGCAACGAAUCAGUGAGGUUGCCCGAAUAUGGCUUCGAAAUCCGACGGAUAGCUCCGAAGUUCAGGAAAUAAUGGCCAGCCAAGUUUUAACCACAUGUCUCAAUGAUGAGGAUCGGGAGAAGCCAGCUGGCAUUCCGGACAGUGAACGAUCAUCAGUCAGUGGUAUGCACUACUCUUACUCAAGAAUUUUAAUUGUUUGA